AGGAUUAUCAGCAGCUCCAGGUGCCCCCACUACCUGAGAAGUGCCAAACUUCCCUCAGGAGACCCAGCAAGCCACAGCUGGAGGGAAAGAGCCCACAGCUUGCAUGGAAGAGGAAGGCACCAGAAGAAAGCCAAGAUGGAACCUUUUGCACCAGCGAGUGUUCACAUGAACAGUUGUUAGUCAGUAGUAACGUCGUGGGCGGAGCUUUGGCCGGGACUUGCAAGGAUCUCUUUCGGACACUUGGCAUGGCCAAUCCCGCCUCGAGGCGUCACGGCCCCCAACCCUGCGAGUGGCUCCUUCCAGGGAGAGGUGGAAGCAGCUGCGCCAGCGAGCCAAUAGGCCAAGCGGGGAGGCGGAGGCGGCUGCUGCUGCAAGCAAUGGAUCCACCCUGCCUUUGCAGACAGGAAAAGGAAGGAUUCUCGGCGGCGGCGGCUUCCCGCACACCCGUUUGCUCGCCUCGUCGGGCUUUGCGCGCUGCAAGCGAUUCUUCCUCACCUGCUUGAAUGCAACUGAAGACCUUCCUCUACCAGCCUGCCCCCCCCCCGGGUGACCUCGGGCCCCCUCACUAUCCUUCAGCCUAGCCUACCUCAGAGGGAUGUUGUGCGGAGGAUGAAACGGGAAACGGGCGCGCUGAUUGGUUGGCUGGCCGCUUGGGCCGGCGUCCCUACGCGCGCCGCGCGAUAAACCAGCUCCGCGGGGCCUCACAGGACAGAACUCUACCACGACAUCCCGCCAACAUGCUGGCCGAUUGUGUAUUCUCCAGAUUACAAUAUUACAUUCAUGGGACUGGAGAAACUACAUCCAUUCGAUGCUGGAAAAUGGGGGAAAGUAAUAAAUUUUUUGAAAGAAGCAAAACUAAUUACCGAUGAUCUGAUUGUACGAGCUCAAGAAGCAACUGAAGAAGACCUUUUAGUUGGUCACACCAGAAGCUACUUGAAUCGAUUAAAGAAUCAUAUACUGGAAAGCGUUGAAGAGUGGUCCUUUGUUGUGGCGACAAUUACAGAAAUCCCACCUGUUCUUUUUCUGCCAAAUUUCCUUGUUCAGAGAAAGGUGCUGAGGCCCCUGAGAACUCAAACUGGAGGGACGAUAAUGGCAGGGAAACUGGCCAUUGAGAGAGGAUGGGCAAUUAAUAUUGGUGGUGGCUUUCAUCACUGCUCAAGUGAUAAAGGUGGAGGGUUUUGUGCAUAUGCUGAUAUCUCAUUGGCUCUGAAGUUUUUAUUUGAAAGGAUGGAAGGAGUUUCUAAGGCAACUAUCAUAGACCUGGAUGCGCAUCAGGGAAAUGGCCAUGAAAGAGACUUUAUGGAUGACCGAAGAGUGUAUAUUAUGGACGUUUACAACAGGUAUAUUUAUCCAGGAGAUGGAUUUGCUAAACGAGCCAUAAGGCGGAAAGUUGAAUUGGACUGGGGCACAGAAGACGCAGAGUAUCUUCAGAAAGUAAAAACACACGUGGAAGGUGCACUGAACGAAGUAAAAUCGGACAUCAUUGUUUAUAAUGCCGGAACGGACAUCUUGGAUGGUGACCCCUUAGGAGGCCUGGCUAUUUCACCUCAGGGGAUUAUCGAUCGCGAUGAAAUUGUGUUCAGAGCUGCUAGGAAACACAGAAUCCCUAUUUUGAUGGUGACCUCUGGAGGCUAUCAGAAGAGGACAGCAAGGAUUAUCGCAGAUUCCCUUCUCAAUUUGCAUAGCCAAGGCCUGAUUGAGAAGGAGACUGCCUUUGGUGAAGCUGGAGGGGCCAAGGUAGAAACGAUGCAUGGAAAAUAAAAGGGAGAUCGGCUAACUUGUCACUGCAGAACGAGGACGUUGGGGUUAUUGUAGAAGGCAACUCUUAAUUGUUUAAUAUUUAAACCGAGAGACAAGAAAUGCUCCAGUUCUCGUAGAAUUAAUGUAUUCUAAUGGCGAAAGAUAAUUAAUUUGCUGUACUUACCAGCGGCAGUCAGUGGUCCCACAAGGAAUACCAACAGAUUAUGUUUCUCUCUCUUCCAGUGCUUU